AUGGGGGAAUUCCUGUCCCAGGCCCUACUGUCCCCGCAACUCAGAGUAGGGACUCUGUCCCCACCGAGCGCACUGGGCAGCUGGGACUCGCCUUCCGGGUUCCAGGGCGAGCGACCCCGCCCGCUCAGGACGCGUCCCUGCGCGGGGCGGUGGCGCGGCUCGCUCCCGGGCAGGAGCUGGCGGAGCAGGUGGGGGCGGCGGCCCCGCCUCCACGUCCCGGCAGCACCAGAGCUGGCGGCCGGGGAGCUAGCGGGACGCACCGGGCGCAGCUCCGAGCGCGGCGCGGCGACCGCGGCGCCGCCUGGGGCACCGGCGCUGCCGGAAGGAGCGCGGAGCCGGGAGCCCGGAGCCCGGAGGCGGCGGCGGCGGCGGCGGCAGCGGGGACCUUGCCUGGAGCUCGCGUCCUGUUCGGCCCUGAGCCCGGAUCCCCGGCCCAGCCGGCCCGGCCCGGGCAGCUGCAGACCAGAAACCACUCCCUUGGGACCAUUCAAAAGCAAGAGACACCAACACCGUGACAUAUGCCGGUGCCGCCACCACCGCCACCUCCUCUACCUCCCCCUCCUCCUCCUCUGGGAGCUCCUCCCCCUCCCCCUCCAUCGGCACCCCCGAGCUGUUGUGUUUGCUGUUGGGAAUGCACACCACAGAACACACAUCAACGCAACGAUGUCUCCUGCUCAUUUCCACGACACUGGUGGCUUCCUCGAGUUGUGCUCUUCUCAGCCUCCUUUCCAAACUGUGCCCCCCCCCAUCCCCGCAUGA